UGGGGCCUUUGGGUUUCCAGAUGUGAAAGCAAACCAACAACUUACAGAUGAGCCCCACUUCUCACCAAACAAAAACUUUUCAUGAAAGGUUUCAUAAAGUAUAUAUUUUGCUGUUGUUUGCAUAUACAAGUGAAAAGCUAUAGGCUUAAGAAGUUGUUAACCUCUGUUUCACUUUCCAAUCUCCAUGGCUACCAAGACCCGUAUUCUCCAAAUUCUCACCCUGAUUUCUAUCUCUUUACCUCUUGCCAAAUCCAUUCACUUCGACCACCCUGCUGUUUUCAACUUCGGUGAUUCAAAUUCUGACACUGGCAAUCUUGUUUCUGCUGGCAUUGAAACCCUUGUCUCUCCUAAUGGACAGAUUUAUUUCAAAAACCCAUCUGGGAGAUACUCUGAUGGCCGUCUCAUCGUUGAUUUUCUUAUGAAUGCAAUGGAGCUUCCAUUUCUAAAUGCCUAUUUGGAUUCAGUUGGCUUGCCAAGUUUCAAAAAAGGGUGCAAUUUUGCCGCUGCUGGGUCAACUAUACUUCCAGCAACUGCAACAUCCAUCUGCCCAUUUUCAUUUGGGAUCCAGGUCAAUCAGUUUCUUAGAUUCAAAGCCAGGGUUCUUGAAUUGCUAGCUAAAGGUAAGAACUUUAGCAAGUAUCUGCCUACAGAAGAUUUCUUUUCGAAGGGGCUUUACAUGUUCGAUAUAGGCCAAAAUGAUCUUGCUGGUGCAUUUUACUCUAAAACAUUGGAUCAGAUUCUUGCUUCAAUUCCAACAAUUUUGUUAGAAUUUGAAACAGGACUAAAGAAACUAUAUGAUCAAGGGGGUAGGAACUUUUGGAUACACAACACAGGUCCUCUCGGAUGUUUGACUCAGAAUGUUGCCAAGUUUGGAACUGAUCCAUCAAGGCUUGAUGAACGAGGAUGUGUCAGCUCCCACAACGAAGCUGCAAAACUUUUCAACCUGCAGCUUCAUGCCCUCACUAAAAAGUUGCAAGGCCAAUACGCGGAUGCAAAUGUCGUAUAUGUUGAUAUCUUUUUGAUAAAAUAUGAACUCAUUUCAAAUUAUUCCCGAUAUGGAUUUGAACAAUCUAUUAUGGCUUGCUGUGGGUAUGGAGGUCCGCCGUUGAACUAUGACAGUCAGAUUACCUGUGGACAAACAAAGACCUUGAAUGGAACCUCUGUCACAGCCAAAGGAUGCAGAGAUAGUACUGACUAUGUUAGUUGGGAUGGAAUUCAUUACACAGAGGCUGCAAAUCAGUUUGUCUCAUCAAAGAUACUCACCGGAAAAUAUUCUGAUCCACCUUUCUCAGACAAAAUGCCUUUCCUUCUGAAGCUCAAGUUCUGAAGUCCCAAUAUGUUAUUCUUAUACAUAUUAACAUUUGCCUGAAAACUCUAAUGCUAAGCCAUUAAUGUAACUGCAAACCUAUGUUCUCACAAAUGUAUUUGAAGUGCACAGAAGCCAGUAGAACAGCAAUUUCAUUACAUCAUUCGUUAUUGGAUGAA